CGGGGCCUUUUCAAAUCGGGAUCCGUUACCGCUUUCCCAGCCGCCGCCAUUGUGGCGCUCGGAGCCCCUCAACGCAGGCGGCGCAGGCGGAGGCCGUGGCGGCGGGAUGGCCGACGCCGACAAGCCCGAGGUGCUUAGGGCAGCUGGCGACGACAGCCCGCAUCGGCAGCCCGCGGAGCCGCCGGGCGAGCCCCGGCGAGAACCUCACCCGCCCGAGCAGGAGAAGCAGCCGCCGCAGCACAGCAGCAGCUCCAAUGGCGUUAAAAUGGAGAAUGAUGAAUCAGUCAAAGAAGAGAAAUCUGAGUUAAAAGAAAAAUCUACAGGAAAUAAGAAAGCCAACAGAUUCCAUCCUUAUUCAAAAGACAAGAACUCAGGCACUGGAGAAAAGAAGGGUCCAAAUCGUAACAGAGUUUUUAUUAGCAACAUCCCAUAUGACAUGAAAUGGCAAGCCAUUAAAGAUCUAAUGAGAGAAAAAGUUGGUGAGGUUACAUACGUGGAGCUCUUUAAGGAUGCGGAAGGAAAAUCAAGGGGUUGUGGUGUGGUUGAAUUCAAAGAUGAAGAAUUUGUCAAGAAAGCACUAGAAACUAUGAACAAAUAUGAUCUUAGCGGAAGACCCUUGAAUAUCAAAGAGGAUCCUGAUGGAGAAAAUGCUCGUAGGGCACUGCAACGAACAGGAGGAUCAUUUCCAGGAGGACAUGUACCCGACAUGGGAUCGGGAUUGAUGAAUUUACCACCUUCCAUUCUCAAUAAUCCAAACAUUCCUCCUGAGGUUAUCAGUAAUUUGCAGGCUGGUAGACUUGGUUCCACAAUUUUUGUUGCUAAUCUUGACUUCAAAGUUGGUUGGAAGAAGCUAAAGGAAGUGUUCAGCAUAGCUGGAACUGUAAAGCGGGCAGAUAUUAAAGAAGACAAAGAUGGCAAGAGCAGAGGAAUGGGCACAGUCACUUUUGAACAAGCAAUUGAAGCAGUUCAAGCAAUUUCUAUGUUCAAUGGGCAGUUUUUGUUUGAUAGACCUAUGCAUGUGAAAAUGGAUGACAAGUCUGUCCCUCAUGAAGACUACCGUUCACAUGAUAGUAAAACACCACAAUUACCACGUGGUCUUGGAGGCAUUGGAAUGGGACUUGGUCCAGGUGGACAGCCUAUUAGUGCCAGCCAGUUGAACAUAGGUGGUGUAAUGGGAAAUUUAGGUCCAAGUGGUAUGGGAAUGGAUGGUCCAGGUUUUGGAGGAAUGAAUAGAAUUGGAGGAGGAAUUGGGUUUGGUGGUCUGGAAGCAAUGAGUAGCAUGGGAGGAUUUGGAGGAGUUGGUCGAAUGGGAGAGCUAUACCGUGGUGCGAUGACUAGUAGCAUGGAGAGAGAUUUUGGACGUGGUGAUAUUGGAAUAAAUCGAGGCUUUGGAGAUUCCUUUGGUAGACUUGGCAGUGCAAUGAUUGGAGGGUUUGCAGGAAGAAUAGGAGCUUCUAACAUGGGUCCAGUAGGAUCUGGAAUAAGUGGUGGAAUGGGUGGCAUGAACAGUGUGACUGGAGGAAUGGGGAUGGGACUGGAUCGGAUGAGUUCCAGCUUUGAUAGAAUGGGACCAGGUAUAGGAGCUAUACUGGAAAGGAGCAUCGAUAUGGAUCGAGGAUUUUUAUCAGGUCCUAUGGGAAGCGGAAUGAGAGACAGAAUAGGCUCCAAAGGCAACCAGAUAUUUGUCAGAAAUCUGCCUUUUGACUUGACUUGGCAGAAACUAAAAGAGAAAUUCAGUCAGUGUGGUCAUGUAAUGUUUGCAGAAAUAAAAAUGGAGAAUGGAAAGUCAAAAGGCUGUGGAACGGUCAGAUUUGACUCCCCAGAAUCAGCUGAAAAAGCCUGCAGAAUAAUGAAUGGCAUAAAAAUCAGUGGCAGAGAAAUUGAUGUUCGCUUGGAUCGUAAUGCAUAAUUUGAAACCACGGUUGGAACAUUCUUACAUCUGUUUUGCUGAAUCUCCUAGUAAAAGUCAUUUUUUUAAGUAAUACUGUACGCUUACAAAAGUUGUAAAGAUGAACUUUUAAAACUCCCACCAGCUUUUAACAGUAUAGUGUUAAUAUACUGUGAUUUUUGUUAAUCUCAAGUUUGGAUUUUUAAAGACAGCAAGUCUGGUCAUUCAGUUUAAAUGAAUGGUUAUACUAUUUUUAAUGAAAUAAGCCAUUUUCUUGUUAUUUUCAGUUCUGCAUAGUGGGAUUUGUUUGUUCAAGUGUCCCCAGCUUUUAUCAACUUAUUGUAAGGUAAAACAUAGAUAGUUUUUUCAAAACUUCUGUUUAAUAUAUGUAAUUGUCCUUGGAAAGAAAGGGCUCAGACAAAUUAGGAUAUGAUUUUGGUUGGUUUUAAAUUUUUGUUGGUGAUAAAGAAUUGCUGUAAGUAAGUUUUGGAUUCUAAAGUUCAGAAUAUUUUUUAUUUGACUUAAAUGGAGAAAUGGAGUUUUCCUUCUCUGCCCUUCCCCAUCAUUCACAUUUUCCACAUUAACCACCACAGCCCCUUAUUUUAUUAUUUCCAAUAAUUCCAAGUUCAUACAGAACUGAUAAUGUUGCCAGCCCCAAGUAUAAUAAUAGGCAGACUACUCCCAACUUUCUGUCUAGUUUCCAGCCAUUAAGGUGAACUGCUAAGAAAAGAAAAAUAAUUGAAAUGUUGAGAAAGAUGGUUAUGUAAGUUAGUCCUCUACUGUUCACUUUUACAGGAGCAGAUGCAUUUAUAAAUGUAGUUUUAAUAAACCAUGGAACUCCUAGGCACAACAUAUCGAACACGUUGGAUCCCACAAUGUUAGACAUAGCCAUAUCUCCUUUGCCUGUAAAAAAAAAAAAAAAAAAAGCAUGUUGUUAAAAUAUGCACACCAAUACUGUAUUUUAUUAAUAAGCUUCAUAAGAAAAAACACUGGAUACUUUUCUCUCUUUGUUUUGGAAAAUUGUUGUAUUAGAGGAAAAGUCUUAAUGAAUUUGUAUUUUUAAAUUUUGGGGGGUUAGUAUUUAAAGUCUUAACAUUUAUUUAUCUAAUAAUUAUCUUUAUUUAUUAAACCAUUUUUCAAUAAGGUAUGUAGAUUACUUGUUGCUUUUCAUUCUAACAUGGUUAGUUAUGAUUUAAUGCACAUUUCAGAUGAAUAUUACUUGGGCGAUUAGAUUUAGUGAAAUUAAUCUGCUAUUAAAUAGUAAAUCCUUCCUCUGAGUCACUCCUUUUUUUUUCUUCAAAGUAUGUUACUGAGGAAAUAAAUAUUUUAAAGUUAUGUUUGCUCAGUAUAUUUCAGCCAGGCUUUUAAGAAUGGGCACUGCAGCUUGAGGGACCUACUUCUUACCUUUUCUUGCAACCAACACACUUGCAAUCGUGUCUGGUAUGCUUGUUCCUGCUGCUAAUAAAGUAAGGCCCAUUACUGUAUCUGGAAUUUCUAAUGUUUCCCCUGAAAUAAACAUAGAUAUUACAAGUUACAAAUCUUACAGAUUCGCUGUUCUUUACAGAUAUUUCAGAUAUUUCUUUCCUGAAAAAGAACAUAGGCAUAUUUAGAUUUCAGAACCAAUAUGUAUUUACUUAGAUUUUUAGCUACCAAAAUAUUUGAAUAAUAUUGGUGAAUUGGUAACCCAGGUAGCACAGAUUUUUAAUGACAGAUAUCAAUAUUUAAUACACAAAAUUCUACCAAGGAGUAAUUUCCCUACCUGGUAUGCUUACAGAAGUUUUGGCUGUCCACUGUUGUCAAGGCUGUUGCUUAAAAUAUGCUAACGAGAUUGGUCAUUUUCUCUUUUCCCUUUUAAAAACAUUUGCUAAAGAGGUCAGAUUUAAGCAAAUUAUUUGUAGCUAUUUUUAAGCUGUACAUGUGUUAACACGGUAUGCAUUUUUAAAUUCCUACUUUAGUGACAGACCUUAGUUUAGUGUUUUCUUUGGGAAAUCAUAAAUCUGAGGAAAACAAAAUAGGAUUUGGCUUGAGUCUUUCUAACUUUAUGGUCCCAGUUUAAUACUUCUGUUAAAUCUGAUGUCAGUUCAACAUUUUUCAUCAGUGUAUUCAUUUUGGGAAACAGAACUAGAGGGAAGUUUAAAAAAGAAAGUAAUUGUAACUGCUCUUAAUAUUGUAAUUGAAAACUUACUUUAGAAUUUUUCUUUCUUAAAAUGUUAAUUAAAAGAACUUCAAGUAGCAUAUUUAUUGCAUGCUUAUAUAUUGAUACUGGAAUUGUAAUUGGUUGUUAAUUUUGUUACUGGUUUGCCAGAGUUCAUGUGUACAUAAAUAACACUAAUAUUUAUCAUCUUGGCGACUGUUCUAUGAUCUAGUACUUCAUUUUGUUCUUUUGUUGCUUUCCUAAUGUCAAAUGUGAUCUGAGAAAAUUUAGAGUUUUAAUAUGCAAGCUAUUGGACUUUUUCAUCUUACUCUUAAAGUAAAAGCAAAAUAGAAUAGCAUACUAUUCUAAGUCAUAUAUUAAUAUGAGAAAAGUCAGAGGUCAGCAAACUUUUUUCGAAAGGGUGAGAUAGUAAUUAAUUUAGGCUUUGCAGGCUAUGUGAUCUCUGUUGCAGUUAUUCAGCUCUGCCAGUGUAAUGUGAAAGCAUCCAUAGAUAAUAUAUAAAUGGAUGGGCAUGACUGUGUUCAGUAAAACUUAACUCUCAAAAGCAGGAGACUCAGUGAUUUGGGCACACAGGUGGUGGUUUGCUCACCCAUGAUAUAAGUCCAUUCAGCUUAACCUUUCUGAGAGAAAUUCCUGAUUUUUGUGUUCAUUGUUUAUAUUCAAUUUUUCCUUCUGGACUAGGAGUUCUGUGGGACUACAGCUGCUUAUGACCAAGCAGUAAUAGUUAAAUCUUAAUCAUGAAGGUAGUAGAAACCUAAAAUGAAACUUUUAUUUUAUACCCUUUUUAUUCAUUUCAUACUACGUUUAUAUUCCCAUAUUAAAAAGCAAAAUAAAAUGUAAUCUAGUUAAACAGUACCCAUCGUUUUCUCAAAACACUGGCACCUUGCUAUAUUUUUUAUUAUGGAAUGGAAUUCAAUAUAAAGACUAUAUUAUGCACCCAUGCAAUGUGAUUUAAUUAUUAGCAUAAUAGAAAGACAUUCUGUGAAUUUGAUUUAAUGUAUAACAUGUACAUUCCUUUGACUUGUACCCCUGGGCUGUAUAACAGUGAGAAUAUAGUUGACGUGAUAUACAACUCACAAAACCUGAAUGAGCUUGUUGGUGUAUUAAUAUUUAAUCUUUCUGUAAAUAGCACUAAUCUUUAGUCUUUACUGAAAAAAAUUUGCUCUUUGGACUACACUUAGUGAAUAUAUGCUUUGUUCUUAUAUAAAACUGAUU